AUGGCCUUUGGCAAUGGUAAAAACGUUUCCACUUGGAUCCGGAUAUGUCAACUCAGUCUGUUGACCGCAGUGACCAGUCGGAAACCUUCCGAGCGAUGUACGGCCAACUGCAUCCCAUUCGCACAGUGGGGACAUUUGCGUGAACGACAUGGCAGGAGUCACCGUGUUCCUGGGCAUAUGACUAUGAUCGCUCAAGCCAUAUCGCGCUUGCUCUGGCCAUCAUGUUACGUUUCUGCGCUGCCGGGCACUGACAUUGUGCUCAUUCUCGGCGUUCUGGCAUAG